AUGCAGUCGUCGACGUCAGGUAAUCCCCCAAGCCACGCUCCCCAGUCAAAGAAACGUCGAAAAUUAGUUCCUACCGUUGGUCCUGAAAUGGUGGAAACAGUCCUCAAUUUUUCGGGAAUGGUGGCAGAUAUAAACAGCGAUGUUCCUGUCGUUCGCUCUAGUGCGGUUCAAAGGCUGACAGUGUUGUCACCCUUGAUGCAACAACUCGCACAAUCAAAGGAACCUGCCACCGUCCAUUACACUGCUGGGAGAUGGAAGUCCUUUGAAGAGGCAUGCAACAUUCUACAAGUAACACACGAUCCGCAAGAACACCUUUGGGACCGGCCGGACAUCGACAAUGUUCCCCCAGCCACCCUUUCACCUGAUGUGGACAGCGUCAUUCAACGACUUCAAAAAACUAAAUACCAUAAGCUCGAUAGAUCGGAAACCUCCAUACGCGUCGUUGUCGAGCUACUUGUUCUUGACCGGCUUCAUAAUCUUUGUGACAGCCGCUCACUGGAACAUCUACAGCUCUGUCCAGAGGUAGACGUCGAUCUUACCCUCGGCGAUAAGUACAUCACUGGCCGUGCUGACUGGUUGCUUUGCCACGACGAUCCUCAAUGUGGUAUUGAUUCGACGUUAGUUGCUAUAGAGGCGAAGCGGAGUCGCGAUUUUUCCUCCGCCGACUCUCAACUAGCUACGUACCUCGCAGCUGUGCAGGCCAGCCGGGCCAAAGCCUCAAAGAUCCAUGCUAUUGCUUUCGGAAUCACAACGGAUAGCAACAAAUAUCAGUUUUGGUUUAUGGAUACUGAACGGCGGCUUUUCUCUUCUGUGGUUUUUGAAUGGCGUCUCCAUAAGGCCAAGAUCAUCACCUGGAUGGACAAAAUGUUAACCGAAGCGAUUGAGGCCUCACCUCUAACGACCCCAACUCUACAGCGGAAUGUUUCUCUCCGCAACUGGGAGAAGGAUUUUCGACGGCGUCAGCUCUUGAGUUCGGAAUCAGACGAUUCCCCUUUGACUGAUGGGCUCCCCUUCAAUAUCAUAGUUCCAGACGACUCCUGCCUUGUCGGCCAUGCGUGGUACCAAGGACAUAAGGUUAUGGUUAUCGAGUACGACGACCCGGAGAUGAGUGAUGACACCGACGACUAG